AUGCAUCCCUUCACAGCCUACGCCCUAGGCGUCGCAGUCGUCGGCCUUGUUGUAUACGCAGUCGUCGACGCCGUCACCAAGUACGACAAGCGAUACAAUGUCCAGAACAUGCCUGGCCCCUGGCAGGUACCGUGGGUUGGACGCAUUCACGACCUACCCAUUGAGUUCAUGUGGCUGAAGUUCAAGGAGUGGGCCGACAUUUACGGUCCCAUAUACCGCACCAAGAUGUUGGGCGCGAACUUCAUCAUCAUCACCGAUGAGAAGAUUGCCGAGGAUAUGCUUGUGAAGAAGGCGAAGUUGUAUUCCGAUCGACCCGAGAUCAAGUCGCUGUUCGAUGCGAAGAGCACAUACGGCUCGAUGGAGUACCUGCCUCUCAUGGGAAAGAACCAAUACUGGGCUCGUCAGCGAAAGUUCACUCAUUCUUACCUCACUGGAGCUACCAACGUCCGCUAUAAUGGUAUCAUGGAAUUCGAGGCCAAGCGAUGGAUGGCCAGGCUCGUAGAAAACCCCGACGACUUCAGCUUUUCCCUCGAAGACAUGUGCUCUAAGGUCAUGUGCCAAUUGACAUGGGACGAUCCUUCGCUCAGUGUUCCUCUUACCCCCAGCGCAUGGGGUCUGCUCACCCAGAUGUCACCCGCCGGGCCAAUCACAAACGUCUUGACUCCUCUCUGGGACUGGGUGCCCGAGCCGAUCAACCCCUGGAAGCUCCGUGAGCGCAAGCGCCACGACGACCAACAAGCUUUCUUCAUGGAGUGCCUUCAAAAAACCAAGAAGAGUAUGGAAGUCGGUCAGCAAAGGUCUUGCUUCACCAAGAACUAUCUUGAGACCGCGGAAAAGUCAAACAUCUCGGGCGAAUACGAAGCUUCUUGCGUGAUCGGUAUGAUGGCGCUCGUCGGUAUCUUCACAGUCACUGGACCGAUUUACUACUUCCUCAUCAGCAUGCUACACCACCCCGAGUGGCAGGUCAAGUGCCAAGAGGAGAUUGACCGCGUCUGCGGUAACCAGCCUCCUGCCGUCGCCGACUUGCCCAAUUUGCCAGUUCUUCGUGCGUGUAUCAAGGAGACAAUGCGCUGGAAACCUACCGUACCUACUGGUGUUGCUCAUGAAGCUGAGGCCGACGACUGGUUCCAGGGAUACUUCAUUCCCAAGGGCACGCGCAUUCUUCCUCUCGACUGGGCCUUCCUCCGAAACCCCGCCAAGUACCCCGAGCCUGAGGAGUUCCGCCCCGAGCGAUGGUUGGAGGCUGGAUGGCCGACAUUCCAGGAGCCCUUGACCAAGUACCCUGACAUCGUUGGCAUGACCUCGUUCGGUUGGGGCCAACGCCAAUGUCUCGGCAUGUCCAUCACCCGCGAUGAGACCGUGACAGGCUGUGGAGCUCUGAUGUGGGCCUUCAACCUUAGGGCAAAGGUCGACCCCGUUACCGGCAAGGACAUCGAAGUACCAGUCAACAAGUCCAACUCUUUACUCAUCAUCAAGCCAGAUCCAUGGGAGAUGGCGUUCCACCCCAGGAGUGAAACGCGCAAGCAGGAAGUCAUUCAGCUGUGGAAGGAGGCUGAGGCGAAGGAUAUCCAGGAGCGUGCCGAGUUUGCGAAGUCGGCUGAGAUGAAUGUGUUGGUGCAGCCAUAG